GAAGUCUUGGUACACAGAUUUCUACAGGCCUCCCCGCUUCAAAAGCUAGACCCGAUUCCCACGCUGCCUCAUCUUCUCGGCAUUUGCUUUACACAAAAAGAAAGAGAGAGAAAGCUUAGAACUUGGAAUGUAAAGAGGGAGAGAGAGGGGGAGUGACUUGCAACGACAACCCAACAAGAACUUCAAGGACAACAGCGACGGAAGCUACUGUCUUUGGUGUAUAUGUGGCUUUCCUUUACGGUACGAAUUCAGAAACCCGCAAUGAUUUUGUCUUAAACAACAAAAAGGAAACUCAUUUUCUUGUACUUUCAUUGCUUUUCUUGCUGGGUUAUUGAGCUUGGAUUUUGAUUUCAUCUGGGUUUGUUGUUGGAAUCUCUAUUUCAUUUGGGUGAGAGAAGUUGCUUUCGUUUAUUGGGUAAUGAAAAUGUUAGCGCAAUAUUGGGGUUCUUAGUAAAUGUUAUUGGUAAUGCCAUCCUUGAUUACCAAUCUUGGGAAAUUGGCCAUGGCGACUACUACUAGUAGUUCUUCUAUUGCUUAUAAAUGUGGAAAUAUCGUAUUUGGAUGAUCUUAUGUCUGUUAGAAUUCAUUGCUGAGUUUCUUGGAUGGGCACUCCAAUGGCAGAGAGGAAUUCCUCUGCCUCCUCCCUAGUGGUCAUUUCUCGGAAAUCUUUCUUUUGUUUGUUUACUUUCACAUCACUUCUGUUCAUAAUGUCUUGGUUUUUUGUUUUGAGAUCUAGUGGUCGUCCUCAAUUCAUUGAUCAUAGGUUGUUACCCAGUUCCAAACAAUUUUUUGUUACUGAAAAUGACAACACCAAAACCCGGGUUCUUGACAAUUCAGUAGGAAAUCGAUCAAUUCUUAGAGACAAUAAAGGAGAAGGAGGAGGAGAAGAAGAAGAGACGCCUGAGAAAUUAGUGGAUGUUAAGUGCAGUGCUGGCAAUAAACAAGUCCUGAAGGUUUUCAUGUAUGAUUUGCACCCUGAGUUUCAUUUUGAACUCUUAGACUGGAAAGCCUUGGGAGAGAGUGUUUGGCCAGAUAUCCGAACCAAAAUCCCGGAUUACCCUGGUGGCUUGAACUUGCAACAUAGUAUAGAAUAUUGGCUUACACUGGAUCUCCUUGCUUCAGAACUACCCGGUUCAACUAGUGCUCAUAGUGCAAUAAGAGUCAGCAAUUCCAGUGACGCUGAUGUUAUAUUUGUACCAUUCUUUUCUUCAUUGAGUUACAACCGGUUUUCCAAGGUGAAUCCACAUCAAAAGAAGAGCAGGAACAAUUUGCUGCAAGAGAAGUUGGUGAAAUUUUUGACAGCUCAACCAGAAUGGAAGAGGUCAGGGGGACGUGACCAUAUAGUUUUGGCUCACCAUCCAAAUAGUAUGUUAAAGGCGAGGAUGAAGUUGUGGCCUGCAAUGUUCAUACUUUCAGACUUUGGAAGGUAUCCUCCAAAUAUAGCAAACGUUGAGAAAGAUGUCAUAGCUCCUUACAAACAUGUAAUCAGAAGCUACCUUAACGACAAGUCUAAUUUUGAGAGCAGACCUACUUUGCUUUACUUCCAAGGAGCCAUAUACAGAAAAGAUGGUGGCUAUGCUCGGCAAGAGUUGUUUUAUCUUCUAAAAGAUGAAAAAGAUGUGCAUUUUUCAUUUGGGAGUGUUCAAAAAGGUGGAAUCAACAGUGCUAGCCAGGGAAUGCACUCUUCCAAGUUCUGCCUCAACAUAGCAGGUGAUACUCCAUCUUCUAAUCGCCUCUUCGAUGCCAUUGCUAGCCACUGUGUUCCUGUCAUCAUCAGCGACGAUAUCGAGCUCCCUUACGAGGACGUCCUUGAUUACUCACAAUUCUGCAUAUUUGUCCGCACAUCAGACGCCAUCAAGAAGAACUUCCUCAUAAACCUCGUCAGGAGUAUAGGGAAAGACGAAUGGACCAGAAUGUGGAAGAAGUUGCAAGAAGUCGAAAACUUGUUCGAGUUUCAAUAUCCAUCCAAGGAAGGUGAUGCUGUCCAAAUGAUAUGGCAGGCGAUAGCUCGUAAGGUUCCCUCCAUUAAAAUGAAGAUCAACAAGUCUCGGCGAUACUCUCCUUUUAUUCCCCAUAAAGAUGGAGAUAGAGGUUUAAGCUCAGUACCAACACCUAAUAAUUUUUGGUGAGUAGGAAAACUUUAUACGUGAUUCAUUCCCAAGCACACGACGCAUUUAGGUUCUGUUGCUUGAGCAGGUGAGUAGGUGACAGUUGCAGCAUUGCAAUUCUAACUGCAGAUUUUGUGUCUUGAAAGGCAUAAUCUUCUCUAAGAUGAGACAAUGUUGAUAUUCAGUCAUUCAGUUAUCUCGCAUUCUUUCAUUUCGAUAUGAUUCUUUGACUACUCCGCUCGACACGAGGGAUUGCAUAAAAUUAGACAUUUUCAAACUGAUGUUUUCAUUCUAAGCCUUCUUUACUGAUUUCAUUGUCCAAUGUUAUAUUUCCGAGCUUUGGCGAGA